AGGGUGUGUGAAAGUCGAUGCUGUGUUGUUUCCGAUCAAUACGUGCCUCCUUGCUGUAAGCUUGCAUGGUUGGAGUGCCGCGUUGUCAAUAGCCAUUAGACCACUUCAAAAACCCUGGCAGCUGAACCGCUCAUCGAGCUUUUCAAGUUUGUGGAGACGGAGUACACCUGAACUGACAUCGAAGGCAGAUCGGUGAGAUGUGUACUUGUUUAAUGGCCACCAACCCCCUAGGAGAUUCGCUGCUCCAGUUCUCCCUCGACCUGUACAAACAGCUGAACUCAAAAUGUAGCUCCAGCGAAAACAUCUUCUAUUCUCCCUUCAGCAUCUGCGCUGCUCUUUCCAUGGCUCUGGCAGGAGCACGCAACGCCACUGCCAAGCAGAUCGCCGAUGCGCUGCACGUGAACAGCGAGGACGUGCACGAGCAUUUUGCCAGCUUCAUGUCCAAGCUCUCCAGCUUUGCGCCGGACGUGAAGCUGCACGUGGCCAACCGGAUGUACUCGGAACAGACGUUUCCGGUCUUGGAAAGCUACCUUGCCCUUCUUCGUGACUCCUACGACACCACGAUUGAAUCGGUCGACUUCAAGACGCACUACGAGAAAGUUAGGCAGCAGGUCAACGCCUGGGUCGAGCAAGCCACGCAGUCGAAGAUCAGAGACUUGCUUCCACCUGGUAGCGUGGACGACAUGACGACCUUGAUCCUGGUUAACGCCAUCUACUUCAAGGGCCUCUGGAACUCGCAGUUCGACCCCAAGUCUACGCACCGUUCCAACUUUCUUUUGGACAAGAAGAACAAGAAGGAAAUUGACAUGAUGUACCAGAAGAACGAUUACAAGAUGGGUCGUAGCGAAGAACUCGGCGUUACCGCAUUAGAGAUACCGUACCGAGGAGGAAAGACUUCCAUGCUUAUCCUUCUACCCAACGACGUCGAAGGACUGUCUCAAGUUGAAGACCGCUUGACUAGUCAGAAACUUUCAGAUUUCAUGAAGAGCCUUUCUAUCCGCUCGGACGUCAAGCUGUACCUUCCGAAGUUCAAGCUAGAGCAAACGAUUGACCUCAAGGGAACGCUAACUGCCAUGGGAAUCGAAGACUUCUUCACGCCGAAGGCGGACCUAACCGGAAUCAACACGACUGGGAAGCUGAUGGCGUCGGAGGUGUUUCACAAGGCCUUCGUGGAAGUCAACGAGGAAGGCACCGAAGCUGCCGCGGCAACGGCCAUUACGAUGAUGACCUACUGCGCGCGAUUCGAUGACACUCGAUUCGUUGUCGACCACCCAUUCAUGUUUAUAAUACGUAGCCACGAUCCUGAUGUGGUGCUGUUUAUGGGGUGCGUUCGCCAACUCUAAGCAGUGAAAAGAGCGAGUAAAUGACUUCAGGGAAGCACAUAACGUACAAGGGUCCAAUAAGCUAUAUGGUGUCAACAUAUUCAGCGCAGUUGUCCUUAUUUGUUAUUGCUACAGUGUCCUAAACUGUCUAGUCGAAAUAAACGUGCUAUGCGGCUUUUUAAUUUGUGGAAUA